AUGCUUGAUGAGGAACACCCCGGUAUCAUCGCUCAACUGCCCUCACCCGAGAGUUUUGUGUUUCAGCGGGGCCCGCAUAACGAACAUAUGCUGAGCAUAGGCUCCCACGACACAAAAAACGGCAUAUAUGGCAUUUUCGUUACACAGAAGAGUUCGGUGAAGCCCAGACUACACUACAAACACUCGAAUGGAGUGGACGCAGGCCUCACUGCCGGUCAGCGAUUCCAAGGAAACCAGUUCUUUGGAAAAAUGACAGUGAGCGGUCAGUUGCGCCCCUAUACCCACGAAAUUAAAGCAAUGAUUGCUUUCGUCUUCUUAUACUGCGGUAAACAACCUGAAUUCUUCGACUUUGCCCACGGUGGCGCCACAAAACUCCUCGUGAAAGACCUCACAUUCGUCACUGGCAAUCAGUCUGAGUUUACUAUUUACGAGUCCGACGGUGUUUCCAAGAUGCGUGUGAAGAGGGUCCUGGACAUCGCCGGUUCUCAGGAAGACGAAUUCUCCAACCAAGGUUGCGAAGACGAGAACGCAGACUACACAGAGGUCUCGGACAUAGACGCCGUCGAGGAUUCCGCAGACAAAGAGUACGACCAGUCCAGUGAGCAUCUAGACAACAAGACUUCCGAAGUGCUCGGCCAGCUUCCAAAGUUGAGCUUUGGUAUGCAACUGCGUCUUAACCUGAAGAUGCCCGUAGCAAGAAAGGUUGUAAAGUUGAAGGUCCGUCGACAGACUCUCCACAAACUGUCAGACAAAACACUUGCAACCUCUAAGACAUACAAGGAGCGAAAGCUUCGUGGCGAGUACGACGGGACCUUGUCAGCAGGGAAGGGGCUCAAACUUCGACUUUCCCGACCGUUAUCGAGCCACAUGCAAGACCUUAUUCAUGGCUUCUUGGCUACAUAG